AAUUCUGUGUUUCUACAUCCCACCUUCAUCUUUCUCCUCAAUGCUUAUGCUGCUAAAAUUCCUCUAGCCAGACAGAGGACGAGGAGGGAAAGUGGAGCAGGGGCAUUAAAAGAUUUUAUCACUAGGAGCCUAUUUUUCAGAGCAGAGUGCAAAAAGAGGACUGAACCAGAGGCGAUGUUUCCUCGAGCUUUCUCUUCCUUUGCUGCCAUCCCUCAGGCCAGGCAAGCCAUGAGCCGCUUCGUCAGGAUGAAUGCCACCGACUCCAAAAGCCGCCUUGCCAAUAAGGUAGCCGUGGUCACUGCCUCCACUGAAGGAAUUGGCUUUGCGAUUGCUCGCCGCCUGGCCCAAGAUGGUGCUCACGUGGUUCUGAGCAGCCGGAAAAAAGCCAACGUGGACCGGGCCGUGGCCGAGCUGCAAACAGAGAAUCUCAGCGUGUCGGGAUUGGUGUGCCAUGUGGGCAAAGCCGAAGACAGGAAACGUCUGAUUGAGACGGCUGUUGAGCGCCAUGGAGGGAUUGACAUUUUGGUGUCUAAUGCAGCUGUGAACCCCUAUUUUGGCUCCAUCCUUGACACACCAGGAGAGGUCUGGGACAAGAUUCUAGAUAUCAAUGUCAAAGCUGCUGCCAUGCUGGUUCAAUCGGUGGUGCCUCAUAUGGAGAAAAGAGGAGGUGGUGCUAUUGUCCUGGUCUCCUCCAUUGCAGCCUAUUCCCCUUUUCCGGGUUUGGGUCCCUACAACGUCAGCAAGACUGCUCUUCUGGGCCUCGUACGUAACUUUGUCCCUGAACUGAGCUCCCGAAAAAUACGCAUCAACUGCCUGGCCCCCGGCUUGAUCGAAACCAAGUUCAGCUUAGCGUUAAGGGAAGACGAAGCCACGCUGGAAAAAACAAUGGAGUCCUUGAGGAUCCAAAGGAUUGGAGUACCAUCCGACUGUUCCGGCAUAGUUUCCUUCCUUUGUUCGCCAGAUGCCGACUAUAUUACAGGAGAGACGAUAGUGGUGGCCGGAGGUGCACCGUCCCGACUGUGAUGGGAAUUUUGGUCCUCCUGUGGACAUGGCACAUGCUUUCACUGAGCCCUCCUGGCAUUUCAGGAAUAUAUAAUAUAGGGGAGCAUCAUAUUGGCUAACAAAUCUAUAUCUAGGUUUGAGGGGAUGUUUAUGAUUAUGAAGGCUGUCUUGUCCUUGAGGCUACAAAUGGGAGAAAUACAGGAUCUCAUUUUGGAGAGAUAGAAGAUGAUGAUGAUGAAAGCUGUAGGCUGCAAGAUCACCUUAUUUACACCUAAAACAGAAUGUCCAUACAUUAUUUUAAAGGCCCUGGGUGGUGCCCCUGCUUGGAAUGAGGAUGGUCUAAAAUGGGGUGCAUAGGGUCCAGUUUUCUACUCGGAAGGACCAUAUGGACAGGCGAUAAUGCUGAAAAAAUACCAAAAGUGGGUACUUUUAUAAUUUCUUUUGGUUUAAAAAAAUUAAAUAUUUUUGACGAACAAUGCAGAUAAUAAGCAAUUGUUGUAAGGUGUCAGUUGCGGCUCCUAGAGAUUUAUGGGACACACAGUAAGUCCUCUUUUUUAAGACCAGAAAAAGGUAGUCCGGGGAAUGGGGUGGCAGAAGAUUGUAAAAAGAGUCUUGGGGUCACAUAGGAGCCCCUUCUUUCUCUCCUUAUCCACCUGGAGCAUCCAGAUGUUUAUCAUUGCCAUUAAGGGCUAAUUGGAAAGGAAAGGAAUAUGAGUUGGAUAGAGAGGAUAGGAAUUGGGGAGAGUAUGUAUUUAUGAGAUCACAAAAGUGUUGGGGUUCUAAAGGCUUUUGGGGAGUAUGGAUGCUCUGUUACUCCAUGAGUAGAAAAUAAUCUGUAUCAUUUUUCUGUGCCUUUCUCUUCUUUUCUCGUACACAAAAUAAAGCUGUCUCUUUGAAUGA